AUGCAAUAAGUUUCAAACAAAGCACUGUUUACCUUAGCCGUAUGAAGUUCUUCGGCGAAAGUGUAGUUUAACCAUCCGAACAUACGCUACAUUUGCAGGCGGAGUCCUUCCGCAGGAUACAGCUUUUUGCACCAAACUAUCCUGUGCAAAAGUAAGAGAAAUCGGAAUAAAAAAUGGAACCACCGAGUUUCCAUCCGUGCGACGAAGCGGUCAUUUCGACGAACGAUGAUGCGAGCAACUGCAAACGGUCCGCGGUGAAGCUGGGCUACUGGAAGGACGACUUCAUCGCACACUUUGUGCGCAACCCGGAUCGCAAAGCACCAGAAAUAAACCGGGGCUACUAUGCACGCGUCAAGGGUAUUGAGAUGUGCAUUGAGAAGUUUUUCAAGAAAACUGGAGACAAAUGCCAAAUCGUUAACCUGGGCUGCGGUUUCGAUACGCUGUACUGGAGGCUGCGGGAGGCCGGCCACAUGGUGACAAACUUCGUCGAGCUCGACUUUCCCAACGUUACCUCCCGCAAGUGUUACCAAAUCAAGCGAAACAAAAUUUUGCUUGAGAAAAUUCACGUUGAAGAUGGAGAAGUGCGUCUCAGUCCGACCGACCUUCACUCGACGAACUACCACAUAGUAGGCGUGGAUCUUCGCAACAUCGAAGAGGUCGCGCUGAAGCUGCAACAGUCGGAGAUUGAUUACAAUGUGCCGACCAUUUUCCUUGCCGAGUGCGUACUGGUGUACAUUGAGCCACAGAACUGUCACAACCUGCUGAAAUGGUUCGCCGCCAACUUCAAGACGGCUGCAUUCGUGAACUACGAGCAGGUCAACAUGAACGAUCGGUUCGGUGAGGUGAUGCUGACCAACCUGCGGCAGCGAGGCUGCAGUUUAGCCGGGGUGGAUUCAUGCGUGUCGCUCGAUGCGCAAAUUUCCAGAUUUCUGCAAUGCAAUUGGCACGGUGCCAGAGCGUGGGAUAUGGUUCAAAUUUACCACAGUAUUCCCGCUUCCGAACGAGCACGAACCGAACGGAUUGAGAUGCUGGACGAGGCGGAGCUGUUGGUGCAGCUGUUUCAACACUACUGCAUCUCGAUCGCCUGGAUAGGGGAUUUAUUUCAGGACAUAGAGAUCACUGUAGAAAAACAACUCUCUUCACUGAAUAUAGAUUAAUCGGUAUAAAUCGCAGAACUGGUGGUGCUGCUACUGCUGCUGCUGUUGCAACGAAGUGAGGACAUUUUAACAUCUAUUAUUGCCAAUCCUCUACCGAUAACAAAACGCCCGAGGCCGAACCUCUUGUACCAUGGAGGGACAAUCUACAAUCAGAAAAGAAACCUUUGCACAUUGAUCGUAUUUUAACGUUUUUUGCACAGUUUCAUUGUUCGUACCGGAACUGUCUUCUUCUAAGGCGGGAGAAGAACACAAACGACAGGUAGGAUAAUUUUUAUAGAAGCGAAACCUCCCGUUUGGAAAUGUGUUUCCAUCGGACCAGUGAGGAAUCCGUCAAAGUUAAUCGGGAUUAAGUAUAGCAUAGAGACGAUCUUCAUCCUAGUGAAUCGAUCAUUUAUAUUUCUCUGAUUGUAGUAUAGUUAACAACAACGAACAGCAGAAUUGCUUUUCCUUCCUUUUCUAUCUCCAUUAUCAUCCCCUUUUUCCCACCUUUCAUGGAUAGCCUGCAAUGGAUCUAGAAUUGUAGAUAGGUUGUAACAAAUUGGACAUCAUCUGCACAAACAUUUGUGAACAAACUCCUCGAAACUUCUCCAACUCAACGAAAGUAUGAACAAUGGAAUCAUCCUUUUACGGCAUCAUAUAGGACUAUAUAGUCUUUCCAUCUCUCCCUCCCUCAUAUGGACGUAUGAUAUGAUCCAUUUGCACAUUACGUAUUCCUGUACGAACUUUAGGACAGAAAUUAAAGAUGAAAACUUAAAAGUUUGUAGCCAAUGGAUUGGAACUGUAGCAGUUUGAAGGUUCGGAAUUGGUCUCAUGUGUUCCUUAUAUUAGAGUGUGUCAGCGAAUGUUGUUAUUAUUUAUUUUAAAUAAAGUAAUCUAAAUCAAACGUCGUGUCAAAAAAAAAAAAAACAAAAGCAAAAAGUGAUCCUCGCUCGGUUUAAUUGAUUU